AUGACCAAGACUUGGCAUCUUCAGUUUAUUUUUCGGGUGAAAUGUGGGACUCGAGGUCUGUGCGCAAUGGAUUGGGUUCCAGAGUUCCGAUCCAAUUACGCUGUGCAUGUACGCCUCCGACGUCCCGAAUUUGUUAGAACAAAGGAGCGGGAAAAGCGACUCGGAGAAUUCCUGUACUUUGUGUAA